UGUGGGUUGAAAGGACCUCUGUGUGUGUGUGUGUCAUUACAACUCUUUUUCAGAGACGGCAAACAGACAAAAGGGGAACAAGCUCAGAGACCAUAGGAUCAUUCGUUGCGUUCACAUACAGACAUGUCUUGCAAACUCUGGCUCGCUCUUUCAAUCUGGCUUUUGCUGGCGACAUGUGAAGCUGGAAGGCAGAUGCCAAAACUCUCCGAAAAGAAACUCUGCACUGAUUCUGACUGCAGCCAUCCCAUCUUGAUAGCUCGUGCAGUUCAGGACUACUAUCCUGGAGACUGCAGGUUCAUCCACAUCAGACAGGGCCAGCUGGUUUAUGUAUAUGCAAUGCUAAAAGACAGAGGGAACCUCUUCUGGGCUGGCAGUGUUCAAGACUCUUAUUACGGACAACAGGAGGCUCGCAUUGGCCACUUCCCCAGCAGCGUUGUGGAGGAGACACAUCCUCUCAUGCCAGCCAGCACUGAAGUCAGAACUACUAAAUGGGACUUCUACUGUAACUGAAGAUGAUGACAACCUUUAAAUACUUACAUACUUUCUCACUUGGUAUCAAAUGAUCUUACACACAUUGUUGAUGGUAUAGUAUAUGUACAGUAUAUCUGUACUGCUGAUAAUCUGCAUUGUAGGAGAAUAUGGGCAGCAGCUUCAUUUAGCCACAAAUUAUUGCAGAACGCAAUUAUAUUUCAUCAGGAUUUCCAAGCGUUGAAAUAUAAACCAUUGUUGUUGAAAGCUUUGUAUUCCUCCUCCAUCUGUCUAGUUUACUGAUUCAUAGAAAAGUAUCUCGCCUUCUUUCUAUGUAAUACUGCCUCGUGCUGUUUAUGUCUGUUUUGCAGGUAUUGAAUGUGUUUUAAGAAGAGAAAAAUAUGAAUUGUGUAGAUUUUCUUUCUCCACUACUACAACACCUGCCUUUUCUUAAUUGUGUAUCACUGAAAAAUAUGAAUCCAACUAAUAAUGUUGUCAAAGAAGUUGUUUUCUGCUUUUAUCCCCCAAUAUUUGAUUAAUGAAUUAUGUUAAGAGGAAAUAGGGAUAUUUACAAGAUAAGCUAUAAUGUUAUUGGACUUGUGCUGGUAUAUUAAUACAGAUUUUGAAAGUCUAGACCUGACAAAAACCAAUAAAUACCUAAUUUCUUAUUGUGA